CUUCACACAACUUGAGAAGUAGAAUAGGCAUACUUAGUAAGUGAUUUAGAUUUGCAAUUAAGUAAAACUAAUCACAAUAAUGCCUCAUUUCAUUACCUAUUUCCUACUCUUUUCUACUCUUUCCAUUUCUUGCUCUUCCUUCAAACACAAGCACUUCAAACCCAAGAACUUCAAGGUCUCCAAAUCCCAUUCCGAUUCCGGUGGCUGGUCCCCUGCCGGCGCCACAUGGUAUGGAAACCCCAAUGGUGCCGGGAGUGACGGUGGAGCUUGUGGAUACACAAACAGUGUAGACCAGCCUCCGUUCUCUUCCUUAGUAUCAGCUGGUGGUCCUUCUCUAUUCAAUUCUGGGAAAGGAUGUGGAGCUUGUUAUGAGGUUAAGUGCACGGAAAAUGCAGCAUGCUCCGGGAAUCCGGUGACCGUGGUUAUAACCGAUGAGUGUCCGGGAUGUGUAUCAGAAUCAACUCAUUUCGAUAUGAGUGGCACUGCUUUUGGAGCCAUGGCAGAUUCCGGCAAAGCCUAUCAGCUCCGCGAUGCCGGAGUGCUCAACAUUCAAUAUAGAAGAGUUGAGUGCAAGUAUCCGGGAGUAUCACUGACGUUUCACGUGGAUUCUGGUUCCAACCCCAACUAUUUUGCAGCUCUGAUUGAAUACGAAGGAGGCGAAGGAGUUGUGAGUAGCGUAGAACUGAAGCAAGCUUUGGACUCGGAUUCAUGGCUUCCCAUGCAAGAGUCUUGGGGUGCAGUGUGGAAGCUUGACGACGGCUAUGGACUAAAAGCGCCAUUUUCUCUCAAACUCACCGAUGACUCCGGCAAGACUCUCGUCGCCAACAACGUCAUUCCGGCCGGUUGGCAGCCCGGAAAAACCUAUCGAUCUGCCGUUAGUUCUUUUGUCUGACCAAGCUAGCUUAUAUAUAUAUAUCAAAUAAUAUUAAUGAUAAUGAUUAUGUAGU